AUGGCGCCGUCAUCUUCCCUCAAGCCUAAAGCAACGUUCAUCGCGCUGAACGAGACAGUGAUGGUAUCUCUGCCACCUCUGUCGUCGUCUGCUGGCGAUUCCUCUAUUCACCCAUCUGUCAUCCUUUUCUUCGGUUCAAUGGAUGCCGACACCAAACUUCUCCGUCGACACCUCCAUACCCUCCUUUCGCUUUACCCAACGGCGACCAUGUACUUUAUACACUCGUUUCGCGGAUAUUGGUUCUCAAGGACCAGGACGAUUGAAGAUGCCUUACAGCCCGUCGUCGACGGCCUUCGGAAUGCUAUGCGCGCAGAUUUCCGUGGUGUCUAUACCCAUGUCCACUCAAAUGGGGGCAUGUUCCAAUUCAUGUCUCUUCGGAACCUCCUCGCCAAGUCAGAUUUCACAGGUAUCCCCACCUGGCGCGCUCUUCCCUCUGUCCUCGUCAUGGAUUCCGUGCCCGGGGAUAGCGGUGUGCAUCAAGCCAUAACCAGCGCUGCGCUUCCGGUCCCAAACCCGGUUAAACGGGCCAUCUUUAUCCCCACCGCGGUGGUGGCUUGGUGGCUCAUCUGGCUAUUCAACGCCAUGGGUGGCAAUCCUCCUCUGUUCGAGGCUUCGCGCGAGGCUCUCAACGCACACGAGCUCCUUCCACACGUCACCACAGGAUCUCAGACGGUCCGCUUGUACAUGUACUCACCUCGAGACCGCAUAACCCUCCCUGAGGAUGUCGAAAGUCACGCUGAAGAGGCUCGGCGCAGAGGUCAUCCGGUCCAUAUGGAGAAGUUCGAGCGCAGCUGGCAUAUCACGCAUGCAAGGGAGUAUCCGGAUAGGUAUUGGGAGGCAUGUACGCGGGCGUGGAGUCAGGCUGCGAAGCUAUAG